AUGAAUUGGUUGCUCAAGUUGUUGUUAUAAAAUAUAAUUGUAUUGAAAGCCAAUUCCAUUUUACUCACAAAUUAAUUGAAAAAUAGAACAACCUUAAAAAAAAAGAGAAUAAUUGAAAAAAGUUAGUUCAUUAAGAUUUCUGAAAAGUAGUCAGUUGCAGGAUUUUUAAAAAUCAUUCAAACCUAAAUAAACUCUCCAUCAUGUCCAUAUCACAGAACUGAAUUAUAGGUAACUCUUACAUUUUAGUUGACAGCUCAAAACAAGACUAAAUCCAAGUAUAGUAAUUUAGCUUGAGUG